AUGUUUUCGGAUCUCAAGCUCAGAAUUUACAAUAAAUUAGAUUACAUCUUUGAGUUGGGGGAGAAUGUUGUUGCAGAAGAGGCCUUCAAAAUUGUGGAGAUUGAACUUGGGUUCCUCUAUGAUCUGCUGUAUACCAAGAUUCCUAUAGUUAUAACUCGAAUCGGUGUGAUUCUUCGCAUUAUUUCCUUGUCAUUAAUCACUUCCACACUGAUUGCCUUCUUGCUGGUGGUUGGGAAGCAUGGAUACUCCAAAGUUGACAUUGGCAUAUCCUACUUGUUAAUGGUUGGCGCCAUCUUUCUUGAACUUUAUUCGGCCUUCCUGCAUCUUAGCUCGGAUUGGGGAAUCCACUGGUUGACUAGUCAAAACAACAGGCUUCUUAGGGCUGCUGGUUCUAACUUGGUCCAUUUUAGUAAGCCCAACAAGGGAAUUCGAGCUAUGGCACAACACAGCCUCCUAGAUUAUUGCCUCCAGCCCAGGAAACUGAAGCUUGCUAAAGUUUUAAACAUCUUCGACCCUGAGGACAAUGCCGAGAAGUACUUACACACCAGUUGGAAAGAGGUAGAUCUUGAGCUGCAAAAAAUUAUGUACACCCAUUUCAAAGAAAAACGAAGAAAAUAUAAAGAAAAACAGUUUGAGUACAAAGAGCUCUUAGAGUUGUUGGAAGAGAGAGGUCGCAUUCCGCUUAUACAAAACAAUGUUGAUGCUGACUUAGGUUGGAGUGUAUCCGAUGUGGAAUUCACCCACAGCCUCCUCCUAUGGCAUAUCGCUACUGAUGUUGUUUACAACGAUGAUCAUCACUGGUUUCGAGCCGGGAAACUUGGCCCAUAUUGCAGAAUCAGUAAGCUCUUAUCGGAUUACAUGAUGUAUCUUCUUUUUCUAUGUCCUGAAAUGCUGCCCGAAGGCAUUGGUACCAUAAGGCAUCAUGAUACCUGCAUUGAAGCUAAGAACUUCGUCCAUGAUAAGUCCAAAUUUAAACAAGUCAUCAGAGGGUUGUUUGGGAUUGACAUAGAAUCUCGAUCGUUCUUUGUUCUGAUGGGAAGUUUAAAGAAGUCGGCAUUCUUUGAAGGGUGCCAAAUCGCCGUCCAAUUGCAGACACUGUUAGGGCAAUUCAGAUGGGACCACGAAGAUAAAUGGAAACUGAUAGCCGAAGUGUGGCUAGACAUGCUGACUUAUGUCGCGGCUCAAUGUUCGUGGAAAGAACAUGCGAGGCAACUCCAGCAAGGUGAGGAAUUACUGACUCACGUUGCACUUCUCAUGGCACAUCUUGGUUUGAGUAAGAAAAUUCAAAUGGUGCCAUUGCCCAAAAGGCUUCAGGAAGUCGAAUAUGAGCCUACCUUUUAUUGGGACAGGCUUGACCGGUUGCCUUCCUACUUGGCUUAA